AUGAGUAAGAAAUGCUUUCUGUGCAAGAGCAGCGAGGACAACGAGCUGCUUUUUGGGAAAUUUUACUCCAAAUGGAAGCUGACCGUUCAUUACUAUUGCCUGCUCCUAUCUUCAAAUCUGGUGCAGAGAGGCAGCAAUGACACGGUUGGAAUUUUCGGUUUUUUAGAAUCGGACAUCCGUAAGGAGAACGAGCGGACAAAGAAAUGCCGCUGUUAUAUCUGCAAGGAUAUGCAUGCAAAUGUAUCUUGCUGUUCGAAGAAAUGUUUACGAACAUUUCACACGGCGUGUGGCAUCAUGAACGGUUGUUUGUCCCACUAUACGGACACGUACCAGUCGUGGUGCUCUGCGCACGUACCACUCGAGCCGGACAGCAGUCCGCACACAAGUGUAGAACCGUGCUCGAUAUGCUACGAUGAGAUGGGCCAGUACGAUGUGAUCACUUCCAUAAAGGCUCCGUGCUGCCGAAACGGAUGGUUUCAUAAAGGCUGCGUUGCACAAUACGCCCAAUCUGCUGGAUAUUUCUUCAAGUGUCCGCUGUGCAAAAAUGAGGAUAAAUUCUUGGCCGAGAUUCCAUUGCGCGGCGUGUUUGUGCCUGAGCGUGAUGCUGCCUGGGAGCUGGAACCGAACGCAUUUCAGGAGCAGCUGCAGCGGCCUACGGAUUGUGAUGCGGUGGAUUGUAAGUGCCAGGAAGGAAGAAGUGUAAACAACCGUGAAUGGCGACUGGCAGUUUGUGGAUCUUGUGGUUCGACAUGCCGGCACUGGCAGUGCAUGGAGCAGCCGGUCGAGAGCCCUGUAGUCUACCUUUGCCAGUUUUGUCGGCCAAUACUCGGAGACCGCGUGAAAUUGCUGGAAAUAACCGAUGGCAGUGAUGAUAGCAGCGACGACGAUAUAGCUUCUACGUCUUCGUCCACGUCACUCGACAGAACGUUGUCGGGCCGGGCAAGGAGAAAUCUCUCCAGUGCACGUUACGGGGAGUCCGGUGCCUACAAUUCGAGCAGCGAUGAAACGCUUGGCAACAUCCGUUGCUUAGUCAAUUCUAGAAGAACCAUAUCAGAUAAUUCGGAUUGUGAGGGAUCUGAUGGGAGUUCCGUUGAAAUCAGGCGAUGUAUCCGACAAAACACGGGCAAGCGUGUGCGUCGUUUGCUAUCUGAUGGAUCGGAGAAUGAGAAAAGCCCUAUCCCAUCGCCUUCUGAUGAUCUGUUAAGAGCGGAUGUCUGCAAACGGUUGGAAGGUGGUAAUUCAGAAUCAUCCGGUGCGCUUGUUCCGAUGCAUCCUGAUCGCCCAUCACCGACGGGAGAGACGGAUGAAAAUUCAUGUUCAUCUAGUAGAUUGAUGGCUGCAGUAAGAAGAACAAGACAGCUUACAAGAAGACUAUCGUCGCUAAGCGAUUCCAGUAAACGAUCGACAAGCGAUGCCAACAUGGAUGAAAGUGGACUCAAAAGUAAGACGUCGCGCCGACCCAUAAUUUAUUCGUCAUCUGAUGAUUCUGAAAAAGUGUCGGAAGGGGAAGCACAUAAUUCUAACAAGAUCGAUGAUUCCCCGGCGGGUAAGGAACGCAAUGCUACUCGCCAACAGGAAAACAAACCGUCACCUCCAGCCAAAAUCCGUAGACUAAGACUUUCAUCUUCGUCGGAUGACUUCGACAAUAGAUCGGAAAGCAAAACAAACAAGUUGGAUGCGUUCGAUGGUCCGUUGAUAUGUUCACAGCACCAUACUACAUCCCCACCGACCAACAAAGCGAGCCUUCGUUCAACCAGAAGAAAGGAUGCAUCAACAUUAGUCAGCCGCACCACAGAAGCAAUGAACAAUACCAAAAGCGCACAGGAAACAAAUAGUUCUUGUAAUGAGGAAAUAUCAAAACGGUGGGACGACAAUUCAAACACCGGUACGGUAUUAGUGGGCGAAAGUCGAUCACCACCGGUAAGCGAGAAGAGUGAGAAUGCAAACGCGUCUGAUACGUCGCUGGAAAACGUAACAGCAGCAACGAGGCGCACGAGACAACUAACCAGAAGGCUGUCGGUGAGUGAAGCCGGAAAACGUUCCACCAGUGAGAGCAGCAUGGACAUAACAAGGCCGAAACGCACACGCACAGUUCGAAUCGCUACCCUUUUCGAUGAUCCAGACAAACAAACGGAAGAUUCCGAAAGUGGGUCCACGGAUAACCAUGAUUUUGCACCACAGAACAAACGACGCCGAGUUAUCCGGGAACAAUGCAACAAAGCGAAUCCGUGCGCUACUACUACGAAUCGGCGCAAGACAUCAUCGAUUAGCCCACCAAGUACACCAUCAUCACUUGCCUCGGAUUCUUCGCAACCGUCGGAUGCAAGUAACAGCGAUGACAACAAAUCCGGCACCAUUGAGAAUGGAAAACAAACUGGCAGCGAUACGUUAAAUCUGCAGCAGCGAUCAAUGUUACAGUUCCUCACGUGUUCCGCCAGCAAAUCGGCCACAACUUCGGGCAGUAGCGAUCAGUCGAUGGAGGAGACAGUUUCAGCAUCCCCCUGGUCACGAUUUGGGAGUAGCAACAAGAUUGUUAGUGAGAUUAGUCCGAUUAGUUCCAACCGCGCUGCUACAACAGCUAAGCGAAGGCGAACGCGUUCUCAUAAAAAGUCCAACAAAGUCUGCUCCAGCAAUAAAAAACAAACAGGAUCAUCACCGUCAUCGAGUCAUGCAGAUUCGGCACAACAAACCACACAAAAAGACAACAUCGUACACAAGGAUAAAGGACAGAAGAACAUACUAGAUUACUUCAAUCGUUACUAA